AUGGCCGCACUUCACGAACUUCAGCCCAGGCCUAUAUGUCACGAUGGCCACGAUGUUUUCACAACUCUAAACUACAUGAUACCACCUGGACGGGAGGGACUGCAGCCUAUCACUUCCGAUGCCCCUGAAGUUGAAAGACGAAAUGCUCAACGCGAAGGUAUCACAGACGUGAGAGAAGUCGUGAUCAAGGAUCUUCGCGGCAGAGAAGACGAGUUUAGCUUGAAAGUUCAAGGGUUUCAAUAUGUCAAGCAUCCAGUGGACGAUGUUACAGAUUGGAGGAACCAGACUCAAGUUGAGAAAAUUGUUCAGCCCGCUACAAAGGAUCUGAUCAAGCGAGUGACCGGUGCAUCUGAAGUUAUUGUGUACCUGACUCGUACCAGGUUUGAAGGUAACCGGAAUGGAAACAAAAUGAGCACCCUAAACUCACCUUCGCAUGGCGUUCACACCGACAUGACACAUGCUUCCUGUCGACAUGUUUUAAAAGGCAUAGUACCAGAUGAUGAGAUUGAGCGGCUCAUGGGUUGUCGCUUUGAUGUCAUCAACGUUUGGAGGCCGAUAAAACCUAUACUGAGAGAUCCUCUUGCGGUGUGUGACUGGAGGUCAGUUGAUCCAGAUUCAGACAUUUUUCCAGACCGCAGGGUCAUUUCUGGUCAAGUCUUUGAAUUUGGGAUGCCGGUCUUCAACGACAAACAUGCAUGGUAUUAUUUAAGUGUGCAGCAACCGGAUGAGCCUCUUCUUUUCAACCAGUUGAGUAGUGAUGUCGCAUCCAGUAUGACAGUACUGCACUCUGCCUUUGUCGAUCCAAGCCACAACAACGAAACCCCCAGGGAGAGCAUUGAGAUGAAAUGUUUUGCCUUUUACACUGGUUCAACAUGA